AUGGAAGAUUAUCAAGCAAUUUUGCGGGUCUUUGACCAACAUCAGUCUUUUGCACUCUCAACACAUGUCAAUCCUGAUGGUGAUGCAAUCGGAUCUGAACUAGCACUCUACUCCUUCCUCAAAGACCUUGGAAAACAGGUCAAAAUUUUCAACACAGAUACCGCGCCAAAGAAUUACAGAUUUCUUCCCUUCUACGAUGCCAUUUUACCCGCUAAAGCUUUUCAGGAUGACUUUCCCGAAGUUUUGGUCGUUCUUGAUGCAGGCGUGUUGAAGCGCAUUGGUACAUACCUGUCUCGCUCCCUAGUUCCAACCAAGGCAACCGUCAACAUCGAUCACCACACCGCUGCUGAUCGCUUUGGAGAUUAUAACCUCGUCGAAACCGAUGCGUCAUCAACAUCGGAAAUAAUCUACCGGUUGAUCCGACAUCACGGUACUCCAAUAGGAAAGGAACGAGCACUUUGCCUUUAUACGGGGAUUAUGUUCGAUACAGGCUGUUUUCGAUAUUCAAAUUCGACGCCAAAGGCUCACCACGUUGCAGCAGAGUUGAUUCAGGAAGGGAUCUCCGUUGAUGAAGUAUAUCGUGCUGUCUACGAGAGUUUGCCUAUUGGAACUAUUCUGCUGCUUAGCGAAGUUUUCCAAACGCUUGGUACGACACCAGAUGGCAAGGUCGGUUGGUUGUAUGCAACGCAGGAGAUGUUCCGUAAAACCGGAACAACCCGCGACGACGUGGAUGGGUUUAUCAAUCAUAUCCGCUCGGUUGACACCGUUGAGGUGGCAAUCCUCGUUAGUGAGCAGAAAAAUGGUGAAUCGAAGGCAAGUCUGCGGAGCAAAUCGUCUGUUGAUGUUGGCGAAAUUGCUGCCGUAUUUGGCGGCGGUGGACACCAGCGUGCUGCAGGUUGCGAGAUCGAUGCGCCUUGUGAAGAAGCAAUUGCACAACUUGUGGCGGCGGCGCAGCAACGAAUGAUGGAUAGAUAA